ACGUUCAUUAUUUGCCUUGCCUCCUUCCACUAACCGUUACGUUUCCCCAGUACUGUCUCUCCAAGACACCGACUCUCUCUCUCUCUCUCUCUCUCUCUGUGAUGGAACCUGCGAAAAUUGAUUGGAAGAGAAUAGAGUCUAUAUUUGUAGAGGACGAGCUGUACGAGCACUUAAACGCACCCAAGUGGGUAGAUUUCUUGGCUCCCGACUAUUCUGUGGACGACGACGCCUGGUUUUGCACACCCAAUUGCAAGCAUCCAAAGACAGCUGAUGAUUUUCUCAAGUCAACUCCAUCUAAGAUCACUAGCUCAUCUAAUCUUUCUGAAUCUCUUCCAGUACGCGAUCAGAAUAGACGAGAUGCAAAGUUGAAGAGAAGAGGGCUUACUCAAUCUUCAAUUUCUUCAACUAGCAAUCCCAAAUUCAAUGAAGAUGGCGAAAACCAGAACCCAAAUUUAUCCACUCCUCCACUUCAUCAAGCCAAGUCCACGAAAGCAACAAUUAAAUCCGCUGCAGAGAAGAGAAAAAUGACCGAUGACAUGUCCCAGAACAAUGAGGCACCGGAGCUGAAAAGCACCUUCUCGGCAAGGAACUUGUUAAUGGGACGGGAUAUACUUAAUCAGAUUACAGAGAUUUGCAAUGAAUUGAAGAGAAUGGCAACAAGGGCGAGGGAGAGAGAGAAUAUUGAGAGUUUGAGUGUGGAGAAGAGACAUGGGGGUGUAGAGGAAAAGGAGGUGAAAGAAUCAUUUGAGGUUUUGGGGGAGGUGAAUGGGAGGGAGAAAGAGAGGAAGCCCUUGCUUGAGGUGGGUAAAGAGAAAUCUCUAGGUGUGAAGGAGAAGCAGAGGAGGAACAACAAAGCUGAUGAGGCAGAGAGUGUUCCAAUUUCUUUGGAUUUGGAUAGUGUAAAGCGUAAAAGGGAUGAGACCCUGCUUCAUAUUCGAACAAAUCCUCCCUCUCCUCAAUGCUUUUCAGCUACUCGUGGAUGGACCAAAACAACCGCUUCUAGGACUACCAAAUCCAGGCUGAUGGAGAGGGGGGGAGUACUUCAAGAGGUGGAUCAAAAUAAGGGGGUAAAAAGAGAAGGAUCGGCAGAGAAAGGGCGUGGGUCUGUUGUCGACAGGAGAGAAGCAAGAACCUUGGAUGUAUUUUGGUUCCUCAAGCCUUGCACAUUGUCCAACUAAUUGGUUGAAAAUAAAUCAUUUUUUUUAUUCUUUUAUUAUUUUUAUUUUUGGCAUCGCUCAUAGGUCUAUCACAUUGUUCUAGUACAUUGUUUUAUUUAUUCUUUUACAUCUCCCAUGCAUAGGUUUAUCACCAUUGCUUUUAGUCUCUCUUCUUGAUUCAUUUGGUGCUGAUAAAAGAAGCUGUAAUUAAGCACUCAAUAAUUGAACUGAAUAUCAUUAGUCAUCAAUAAACUGUUGUAGUUUACACUUUA